AUGGGGGACAGAGCCAGCGCCAACGAAAUCGCGCGGUACGACGAUGAGUGUCCGAUCUGCAUGGAGCCCUUCUCGGCCGCGCGCGCGCGCAUCUGCUUCGGGCCCUGCGGGCACGGCUAUUGCCGGGGCUGCAUUGACCGCCACCAGGAAUUCAAGAUCGACAGAGACGAAGCUGUGGAGUGUCCUACUUGUCGGGGGCCGAUGGACCAGUCGUUGCGGCGCCAGGGCACGCACAGCGACGCGCGGAAGCUCGCCGCGAUGAUCUUCAAGCUCGGCCACUCGGACCGCACCACGCGCCGCGUCCACGCGCUGCAACUUGCCGCCUUUCUGACGCACUGCAGCCCGCGCCGGCUGGACAAGGCGUCGGAAAUGGGCGCCGCGGACGUGCUGGCGCAGGAGAUAUGGCUCGCGCCGAACGACGACGCCCUGGCCGCGCUCGGGCUCGCGGCCACGCGCCUGUUGGCCGGCGGUGGCGACGUGGGCGGGCGGCGCGACCGCGCGGCGUCGGUCGGGCUGAUGAUCGCGCUCGCGGACGGGCUGCGGCGCGCCCGCGACGACGUGACGAUCCGCUGCCUCGCGCUCUCGACGUCCGCGAUCCUGGAGGGCGAGGGCCGCCUACGCGCGCGCCGCAUGCUGGCCGCCGACCACGGCGUGUCGGGCGGCAUCGCGGUGGCGCUGCAGCACGCGCAGUCGGAGGAGACGCGCAUGAUCCUUGCGUGGGCGGCCAAGUUCCUGGUCUCGUCGCUGUCAGCGCGCGAGGGCCUGGACGCUGACCUCCCGUCCGUCGACGGCGCGGAACACCCCCGGGGCCUCGCGCGGUCGGCGUUCCAUGCGGUGCUCGCGUGGCUGCACUCCGCGCCCGUCCGACUCGCGAUGAACUCGGCGACCGUCGCCGCGUUCGCGGAGUUUGGGGCGCGGGGCGAGCCCGGCGAUACGGGGCUGUCGAAACACGCGCUGGCCCUGGCUGUUGUGUUCGGGUUCGCCCGCAACGACCUGUACAACGACAGCCUCCUGUUCACACUCUUCAUGUUCACGAAAGCGCCGCUCUUCAUGUGGCUCACCGAGGGCGGCGGCGAGCGCGCCCACCUCCUGCGGCAGUGGUGGCGCCCCCUCACGCCGCUCCUCGCGCUCACGAGCCUCCGCUACCGCAACUCCGGCGGCAUGUACGAGGCCAUCAAGUGGGCGGGCGUCGGCGCGUUCGUCACGGACAUUCUGCGCGGAGUCGGCGAGCGCACGUUUCGCGCAUUCGGAAGCGGGCAGGCGUACCAGCGCGACGACGCGGCGCGGCGACAGCUCGGGCAAGCGCUCGCGAGCGCGUUGCGGGAGGCGCAGUCAGACCAGGCGCGCACGGCGCUUGCGCUGGCCAUUGCCGGUUUACUGGGACAGGGCGGCGACGAGGGGCGGCGGCGCGACGAGCUGUGGCGCGCGGGGGCCGGCGAGGCGCUCGCGGUGGCGCUGCGGGCGGCGGGGACGGAGACGGCGGUGGCGGCGAUCGGUUCCGCGGUGGCCGCGCUGCUGAGCAACGGCGGGGAGGCGGGGGCGCGGCGCGACGGCGCGAUGGGUCUCGCGGGGCUGCUCGGGGACGUCCUGCGCGGGGCCGAGUCCGAGACGGUCCGGUGCUACGUGGCGUGCGCGGCGCGGGCCCUCGUCGGCAACGGCGGCAACGCAGCGUUCCGGCGGACGGUGGCGGCCUGGGCGCUGGCGGCGCCGGUGUGCGAGGCGCUCUCGGACACGACGUGCGACGAGACGCGCGUCAUCCUCGCGGAGACGCUCCAGGCGCUGCUGGCGCCGGGCGGUGGCACGGUCCUGGAGGGCGAGCGGCGCGACGCUGUCGCGGCUGCCGGCGGGGUCGACGCGCUGGUCGAGGCCCUGCGCGAGGCCGGGCCGGGGCGCGUGCGCCGCGCGCUCGCGUGCGCGGCGGGCAACCUGAUGCGCGAGGGCGGCGCCAUGGAGCAGCGACACGUCAGCGCCAUGACGGCAUCGCGCGGCGCUCCGCGGACGUCGCUGCUGCACGUGCUGGACAUGACGCGCGCCGUCGCGGAGCACGAGGGCGACACGGAGACGGCGAACACGGCGGCGUGGGCGGUGUGGAUGACGCGCGGGCGGCCGCUGCUGCGCGGACGCCAGCCGUGGGAGCGCUCGCGGUGGAAGGGGGCGCUGGCGGGCGCGGCGGUGGCGGUGACGGCAGUGCUGCCGCACCUCCGCGUGUAG